GGGCCCGGAUGCCUUAUUUACUGGGCACUGUACCAGCAUUAGUGGAUUUAUCCUUCUAGCACACACCCAUGUGAGUGCAUUACAGGAAUCUCGUUGUUAUUGCUUGUUAUGGUAGCAGUUGAAGGUUGCAACUAAGAUCAGGUCUCCAUUGUGCCUGGUGCUGCACAGACCCUGACCGAGACCAAGACCCCCAGUGGGUCUGGUCCAGGGUAGCAGGGAGAUAUAUAAGUGUGAAUAGGGGAGGGGGAGCAGUCAAUUUUUUGAAUUUGUCAAAGUGCCGGUUAGAUUUCAUCUGAAAAUCUAACAAACUAGACUUUCCUAUUGGAGGAAUAUUAUAGCCAGUUUGGGGCUGGAAUUCAAUUCGGUUCACCCGUUUUUACUGCAUCCCAGGAGAGCUGGCUUUCUGAUUUUAAAGAUGGGUCCUUCUCAGGUAUACUUUGACCCCGGUCAGAAUGUCUCAAACGAGGACACUGGGUUAUUCUUAACCAACCAGUUUAUUAAUUCACCAUGAAUGACCCAGAUCUAUAAUCAACGGUUAUCAGUUCUCCAGUAUUUCUAACACACUUACUGCACCUACAGUAAUUCUCUAAGGAGUAAAGUUACGUCUCACAGGCUGCACCUUGAGGAAUCUGGUCUUUGCUUUUUCUCAUGUUGGCUUUGAAAGGGACUUGCUUAAAGCAUCAAAAGCAGGUGCUUAAACAUUUUCUGUGAGAUUCGCUUAGUUCCAUUGACUUGGGUGUUCAAAGAGGAACAUUCACGUAAUGCUACUUAGAAGCCAAAAUACAGUUUCUCGAGGUGUCACUAGAGAGAGUGCAGCCACAACACGAGAACUAGCAGUUACACUCACUACACAGAUGGGAGGGGAUAAUCCACACACACACAUUCCCCAGAGGCAGUAGUUACCUAGUACUUUCUACACUGGGGAUUAGGUCAAUUUAACAACAUCAUUCAAGGAUAUGGAUUUUUCAAACCCCUGAGUGACGUAGCUGGGUCGACCUAACUUUUUAGUUCAGACCUCGCCUGAACCGUAAAAAGAAAGAACAAUCUCUGAAAUGAAAUCUCACUGCUUCCCCUCAUUGCUGGUCACCCUGGGAUAGGAGGAGUGUGUCCACGUAGUGGCAGCUUCUUUGUUGGAGUCAGCAACUUCUGAUGUUUUUUAGACCCUGUUUCGGGGUUCGGUGGAGGUAUUUUCUGCUUGGCUGUUGGCUCUAGAGUGACCAGAUGUCCUGAUUUUAUAGGGACAGUCUCGAUUUUGGGGUCUUUUUCUUAUAUAGGCUCCUAUUACCUCCUACCCCCUGUCCCGAUUUUUCACAUUUGCUGUCUGGUCAUCCUAGUUGGCUCUCAGAUUUUGGAUUGCUCAGUUCCUUCAAUAUCCAGUAAAUGGCACCAGUGUAUAACAAAUUUCUUUGCUCCUUUUCUUAGCAGGGGCUUUGUAUGUUUCAUCAAGGAUUAGGAGUCCCUAUGGCACCUCAGAGACUAACAAAUGUAUUUGGGCGUAAGCUUUCAUGGGCUAGAAAGCACUUCAUCAGCUGCAUGGAGUGGAAAAUACAGUACGCAGGUAUAAAUACACAGCACAUGAAAAGAUGGGAGUUGCCUUACCAAGUUGGGGGUCAGUGCUAAUGAGGCCCAUUCAAUCAGGGUAGCUGUGGCUUAUUCCCAACAGUUGACAAGACGAUGCGAUUAUGCCCAAAUAAAUUUGUUAGUCUCGUUAGCACUACAAAAAGUGAUUUUCCCUCUGUUGAUAUACACCCUUUCUUCUCAACUAUAGGGAAUAGACCACAACCACCCUUACAUAGGUGACUAACUUCAAGAUUUUAUUGGCACAUGGCAUUUCCUGUUGCUGGAGGAAUGGGAUAUUCCACUUUCUUCUGAUCUGUAAAUGACGAUUCGGGGGAGGGGAUGUAUCAGUCAGUGUGUAUCUGUGUCAGUAUUUGGGUGUGUCUGUGCAUAACUGUGCAUGCAAGUCUCUGUAUGUGUUUGUGUCACGGUGUCUGUGGCAAGUGUCUGCAUAUGGUGUGUGUAUCUGUCAGUGAUUGUCAGUGCGUAUGCAUGUGUGUCUCUGUGUGCGGUAUGUCUGUGGGGGAACUGUGUAUGUGUCCCUGUGUGUAGUGUUUGUGUAUAACUGAGUGUGGUGUGGCGUGUCUGUGUGUUCUUCUGUGUGUGCAACUGUCUCUGGGGGGAGGGGUGUGUUUGUGUGUAACUGUGUCUGUGCAUGGUGUGUGUCUCUGUUUGUGUGCAUCACUCUUGCCACUUUUACUGCCAUUUCCCCCCCUGAAGCCAACUCCACUUUACUUCCCAGCCAGGGCACAGAUGCCCUUUGCCCUCCCAAUCCCUAUGCCCAUGAGUGUUUGAAUAACACAAGACAACAGGAGUGAAUUUGAGGCUGAGCCCCCAUAGCGGCAAAACCCUCAACCCCACAAAAAGGCCACAAAAAUCGUGAUCCAGAUCAAAACUGCUAAUCUUCCAGCUAAGCCCAGCCCAGUGUCACAGAAGAGAAGAGGGUGAGACUUGGCUGGAUGCAGGGUGGAAGUUGUGAAAGUUUGUUUCACUUUCCUUCUCGGGACACUGCUCCCUGCCCGUUGUCUCAGGGCAAAAAGUUAGCAUGGCAAAGACCCUGAGAGACCAUCUGUUCGACACCAUUAGAGAGCUGGGCGAGUCGGACAUGAAGGCGUUUAAAGACAAGCUGAACAAUUUCCAGCCCAAGCCAGGUUAUAACCAUAUCAAAUGGGGAGAGCUGGAAAAAGCAGACGCUGUAGCAAUCACUCGCCUGCUAGUCAACUACUACAAGGAGGAUUAUGUGGUGGAAGUGGCCAGGAAGGUGCUGGAGGACAUGGACAAGAAGAACCUGGCACAUAACCUCUUCCAGGCCACAGGGAAGGCUCCAGGUGGCACCCAGCAGACCCCAGCACCAACCAGCAGCACCCGGACCAGAGUCACAGGUGUAGCCGCCCCCAUGCUCAUGGAAUACAGGCCAGGUUCGUCCAGGGCUGGAGACUCAGGAGACAAGAUAGACCUACGAUAACAUUGAGUUCUGCGCCGAAGGCUUCGCAGCUGACGUGGCGCAGUGAAAGAGAUGGUUAACACUGGAAUGAAGACCGUGCCCUGCUGCUCUACCAGCUCCCGAUGGCCAAGGAAACCCGGAGCCUUUUCAGAGUCGUACCAACUGGCCAGGAUAUUGCAUUCCAUAUUUUUGGUCAAUAAAACA